GCCAGGACUAAUCCCUGCUGGAAGGCAUGGAUCACAUCAUGCAUGUUGUAAACACAGAAACAAGGAAAGAAGUGUUUAGUAUGCCUGGGAAAGGUCGACAUCAGAUGCUAGUCGCGCUCUUUUGGCUGUUCGUGGUUGUGACGAGAAGCGAAGCAGGCUCCAGAUGUGUGAACCAAGCCUGUAGUCCACCUAUAGGGAAUCUGGCAAGCGGCAGGACUCUCUUCACCCUCUCAAGCUGCUGUGGGAACAGCUCCUUCAGACACAGCCUUUGUCCCCAUCCCUCUACAACCCCCCACCUCUGCCAUGAGGACACCCAUCCAUCUGCACACAUGACUGAUGACCCUUUCUUGCAUCCAGACACCUGGUGGGCAUCAUCAGCUUCAGGUACUGACGUGCCGGAGCAGCAGGAUGAGAUCCGAUUGGACCUGGAAACACUGUUCUGCCUGUCCCAUGCGGUUUUGGUGUUCAAGUCCUCCCGGCCUGCUGCCAUGGCCAUCGAACGUUCAGUUGACUUUGGAAAGACGUGGGAAGUUCUAAAGCUGUUUGCACACAAUUGCAGCAUGGAGUUUGGUUUGCCUGAAGAUUUGUCUCAUCCGGGAUCAUUGUGUACAUCCCGAUAUACCAGUGCUACACCCUGCAGCAGAGGGGAGGUGAUAAUCCGGACACUAGACCCCAUCAAUGCCAAAACAAUAGAUCUUUAUAGUCCAGAGGUGCUCGCCCGCUUCACCCUGACUAACCUCCGCAUCAGACUGCUCAAACCUCAGAGCUGUCCUGUUCCCCUGAUCCCCCCUACAGAGCAGACCAGCCCCACAGACUCAGCUCUGACCUCCACAUCCACCACAGAGCACUCAGCCUCAGCAUCUUACGCGAUUUAUACUUUACUGGCCAGAGGGACUUGCCUGUGCCAUGGCCAUGCUGAGCACUGUGCACCACAUGACGGCAGCAAAUACACUGGGCAGGACAGUAACAUGGUGUCUGGUAGGUGUCUGUGCACUCACAACACAGCAGGGGUUCACUGUGAGAAGUGUGCACCGCUCUACAAUGAUCAUCCAUGGAGGCCUGCAAACAGCAGCAGCGGAGAGUCAAACCCAUGUCAGAAGUGUCAGUGCCACGGUCACGCAGAUAGCUGCCACUUCUCGCAGCGGGCCUGGAUUUCCUCUGGCCGCACCAGUGGCGGGGUCUGUAAUGAUUGCAGACACAACACUGUAGGGCGCAGGUGCCAGCGCUGCCGCAACGGCUACCACCGACACCCAUCCCUGCCUCUCAGCUCUCCAUAUGCCUGCAUGCGCUGCUGGUGUGAUCCACAAGGCACUCUUCCUCCUCACCCUGGAGAGGAGGGACCUUGGUGCCACCCUAGAAGUGGGCAGUGUCACUGUAAAUCCGGGGUAGGGGGCACAAGCUGCAGCAGCUGCCUGCCUCGGUACUGGGGUUUUGGUGAGGAGGGCUGCAAACCAUGCACCUGCCCCUACAGCUGUGAUCCAACCUCUGGGCAGUGUCAGGACGGCUACUCAGAUAAUCAGGUGUUCAACGUGCCUGUUGGUGGAAAAAUCCCUGAUCUUGAUCACAUGUUCACAAUAGAAGAGGAUGUACAGUGGUCAAAGGAGCUUGCUGUCUCUGCUCUGCAUUAUACAGGGAAGUGUAGCUGUAAGGACAAAAAGCUGAGAAGUGCAUCGGACCUCUGUAAGAUCAAACAUGAUUAUGUGAUCAAGGCCAGGGUGCUGACUGCUUACGACAAAGGCAGCCAUGCAGAAGUGCAGGUCAAAGUCCGCAAAGUCCUUCAAUCAGGCAAAGUGGCACUCAACCUCGAGACCAUCAGCAUCUAUCCUCUAUCCUGGACCAGCCGGGGCUGCACCUGUCCAAUUCUAAACCCAGGUAUGGAGUACCUGCUGGCAGGUCCAGUUGAGGAGGGGACAGGCCGUCUGCUGGUCACCAUGCAGAGUAUGGCAGUGCCAUGGACACCCAGUCUCGGUCUGCUUCUGUCAGAGGGCCUGAGGAACGGAUGUCCAUGACCUUUACCAUUCUGAGAUGAAAGUGACCAUUCAAGGGAUUUUAUAAUGAAAUGUACAAGUGAGGGGAGAAUUCAGAAAAUG